AUGAUUAACUCAUAAUAAUAUGACGAACACUAGAAUUCGUAGAGAUUUGAUACUCAAUUUAAUAAAUAGAAUUAGACUCUAUUGAGACUACGACUAUCUUAACAAUAAUUCAACCAUACAUGGAAACUAUCUGGUUUCAAGAUCAUUGCGAUAGUUCUAAAAUUUAUAUCUGCAAUUACUAAGUAAAAAUUUUAAAAUUCAUUUAACAUGCUUAAUCAUUAAUUUUUCAAAUUACUAAAGGAUAGUACUGCGGAUUAUCACUAUUAUUUGUAUAGAGGCUAUUUUUAACAAGUUAAUCCUUAAUCUUAUAUGAGAAAAAUAGAUAAAACUUUCAAUUUCUUACAAUGUAAUUUUCGAAGAAAUUAUAUAAAACGAAUCCUGUAGUAAUUUUUAUUGGAGCCAGAUGACAUAAUAAUAAUUGUAUGGAAUAUAUAUUUUUUGUUGAUUGUUACAAUAAACGUGUUUUAUGUUUCAUUACGAUUAUCAUUCAUAGAAAUUGCCGAGAUGAAUUGGGAUUUAAAAGAUUUCAUAUUUGAGUAAUUACCAAGUUAUUCUUUAAUAUUCGAAAUUAUUAUAAAAUUUAACACUUGCAUUUACAGUAAAGGAGUGCUCAUAAAAAACAGAAAGAGAUUAAUAAAGAGAUAUCUCAAGCGAGAAUUUCUGAUUGAUAUGCUUUUAAUAAUCCCAUUUUUUAUUGGAAGACAGUUAGAUUUUUUUUAUCUAGAUCUAGUAAUUCUACUGAAAAUGAUUUAAAUAUCCAAAUUAACUUACUCAUUAUUUAAUCGUUUAGAAUUGACAAAGUUGUAAACAACUAUUUUUGAGCUUGUCAAAUUAAUUUUUUUCAUCUUGCUUUGUGCACAUUUUUCAGCAUGUAUUUGGCAUAAAUUAGGAACCUGGGGAAAUUGGGGAAAUAUAACUUCAGUAACCUGGCUUAAAUAACAAUAACUUUAAGAUUCCUUGUGGAUUGAUAAAUAUAUAGUAUCUUUUUAUUGGAGUAUAGUGACAAUGACAACGAUUGGUUAUGGGGAUAUCACUCCUGUAAAUUUGACUGAAAGGCUAUUCUGUAUUAUAAUGACAUUAAUAUCAACUGCAACCUUUGCUUAUUCCGUCAAUAGUAUCGGAUAAAUAUUUCAAGAAAUGUCUAAACAAUCAUCUUAGUUCAAAGCCAAUAUGAAUAGCUUAAAUAAAUACUUAAAAAGUUAAAAAGUAUCGCCAACUUUGCAAAUUAAGUUCAGAAGAUAUUUUGAAUAUUUUUGGAGUAAACCUUCUUAAGAACUAAUUUAAUUUCAAGAUCAGAUUCCUUAACAAUUAAAAAAUUAAAUGAUUGUAGAAAUUAAUAUUAAAUUGCUAAAAUAAUUAGAUAUUUUUAAGUAGUUUAGUAGCUCUAUAUUGAAUACACUUUGUCUGUAAUUCUAAGAAUAACAAUUAUAACCUGAUGAAUAUCUAUUUAAGUCAAAUUAUAGAGCUGAUAAAUUAUAUAUUUUUGUAAAUGGUCAAAUUUAAUUAUAAAUUUUGAUCAAUAAUAAAAAAAGUCUUAUUGAAAAAAUAAAAACUCCUUGUUUGGUUGGCUAGUUGAAUUUUUUUCUUAAUACUGAAUAUAAUUUUGAGGCUAUUGCAACUAAAAAUACAAAGAUAUUAACAAUUGAUCGAGAAUCUUUGAUUGCAAUUGUGAAAUAGAGUGAUAUUGAUUAUGAAAUUUAUAAAAACUUUGAAGAUGAUGUAAAACUAUGUAAUAAAUAUGACAAAAUCUCGAAUAAAUGUUCAAUUUGUAGUAGAUCUAAUCAUUAAGUACUAUAUUGCCCAUUUUUUAGAGGAUGUAUAAGCAAAACAAAAGUUUUGUAUCAUCUAAGACAUAAUAUAUUUUAACAUAGAUAGUUCUAAUCAAGAAACAAUGAAUAUAGAAGAAUAUCAACUAAAUAAUAUCAAUUUCAUAUCAUGGAAAGUGUAUUACAAUAUAUAAUGUAAAACGAUGAACUCUGUAGUCUGGAAGGAAUCAAAAAAUAAUUCCAAGCAGUCAUGAAAUAGUAAUAAUAAUAUGAAGAAAAACUGUUUUAAACAUAAUCGAAUCAAUUAACUAAUUAAAUAUCUCUGUCUUAAAAUAUACCAAUAAAUUAUAAAUCUAAUUCUUCAUAAUUCUAAAAUCAGAAUUUCUAAAAGAAUAAUUCUAUAAUCUAAAACCUCGAGGUGCUUUCAGAAAAACAAAAUUAAUUUGGAAUUUUAAGCAAAACUUAGGAUAUUAGAUUGAUAACAACUUUGAAUAAUUAAAGAAUUUAACCAAUAUUAGAAGAAUCAUAAAAAGCGGAAGGAAAAGACGAUGGAAAUAAUAUAACAGUUAACAUCAGCCAAUAAUUUCCAUAAAUUAAUAAAUAAGAAAAUUCAAUCUUACCAUCAAAUGAGACAGGUAGCAAUGACCCAUAUUGGAUUCAAUAAAGAAGUGAAUAAAAGUGUCAUUCUAUGAAAUGGAAUUUUGAAAAACAAAGGACUGAAUAUGUUUGCUAGAAAAAUCAACUGUAAUCGUUUAAGAGUUUGCAUUCUGAAAGAGAAGAUUAUUGUGAAAAAUUUCCUAAAUAAUUUGGAUUUAAUAAACUAGUAAUUGCAACAUAAAUGCAGAAGAAAGAGAUUCAGGAAUAACAGAUGACAAAGAAUAGUUUAAAUGAUUACAUUUACUCAAUUGAAAAGCUAUAGGAAAAGAUCUAAAGUCGAGCAAAUAAAUUAGAAGAAUCACAUUUUGGGGUUGAAAAUUAAAUGAGUCAAUCUGUUAGAAAUAGUACCCCUAAAUCUAAUAUUGAGAUUUCCUAGGUUAACAUAAAUAAUGACUAAUAGUAAUCUUAAGAAAAAGAUUUUACAAAUUAAUUUCUAGAAGAUUUGAUGAUCAAAAAUAAAUUAAGAUUUGUUGAGAAAUAAGUCUCAUUUUAAGAAUCUAAAUAAAAUUAACACCUCCAUUUUCCAGAAUAAGAAUUCAAAGCAUUAGAAUAGAGUAUGAUAACUUAAUAUGAAAAAUUAAAGUAAAAGGAAGAACAGUUAAAGCAAUAGAUAGAUAGACAACAAACAGUAAUAUCUCAUAAUAAGGAGUAAAGACAAGGAUUAGGAAUUAAGAUAACCUCUGAUGAUUCAUCAGAUGAAGAUUCUGAUGGGCAAAAAUUAAUUAGAGGAUAAUAUCUUGAAAUUUUUAAUGGUUUUGAAAGAGUUUAGGAAUACCAGGGAUAUUAUCCAAAUAAUAAUAUAUCUCAAAUUCUCCUUUAGUUUUAAAAAAAUGAGUACAGAGAGCAUAAUUUUAUGAAGAAGAGAAAUGUAAAAAAAGAUACAAUCAUGAAUCUACUCAAGCAAGCAUAGAAUAUGAUUCGUAAAAGUUAAUAAUGA